UGUAAUUUUCCGUUUUGUUUGGCGUGGAAUUUUUCCCUAAAUAAAUAAAUCGUUUUCAAACAAAACACUAAUUUGAAAGAAAACUACUACCUAACAUUGAAAUGUAAUUUUUCCUUAAAUUAUCUUUGAAUAACUGGCAAAAAUAUACGAGUAAUUUGUAAAAUCCUAAUCAAAACAACAAAGAGCCCAGAUGUAAAUAAGUUAUUUAGAUGGAAAACACACAAUCAAAAAGUUAGUAAUGUAGCGGAAUAAAAUUUUCAAUGACUUACUACUAAUGAAAUAUUACACUGAAUGUUGCAAAAGUUGUUGGAGUUUAUAAGAUAACAUAUUAAUCCCUUAUUGUGGGACAUGAAAUGAAUGAACUAAUUAUAAGAAGGCUCCACUACAGUCAAGCAGUUGUCCAUAAAAAUGCUAAUAAAAGAGUACCGAAUUCCUUUACCUCUUACACUAGAAGAAUAUAAGAUUGCACAACUGUAUAUGAUUCAGAAAAAAAGUCGAAUUGAAAGUACUGGAGCUGGUAGCGGCGUAGAAAUUCUGGAAAACUCUCCAUAUCAAAAUGGGCCUGGUGGAAGUGGACAGUACACAAAAAAAAUUUACCAUGUUGGUAAUCACUUACCUGGUUGGUUGAAGUCUCUUCUUCCCAAAACAGCUCUACAAGUAGAAGAAGAAGCAUGGAAUGCCUACCCAUAUACAAAAACAAGACACACAUGCCCUUUUGUUGAAAAGUUUUCCAUUGAUAUUGAAACUCGUUAUUUAGCAGACUACGGACAAACGGAAAAUGUUUUUAAUCUAUCAAGUUCACAAAGAAAAGAGGUUGAAAUCGAUUUUGUGGAUCCUGUGUCUGAUGUGUUUCCAGAAAAAGAUUACAAAAAAGAAGAAGAUCCACUUUUUUAUGUAUCGAAAAAAACUCAACGUGGUCCUUUAAAUGAAAAUUGGUUAGCAGAGUACAAAAAUGGCAACAGUAAAAGUCCAGUGAUGUGUGCUUAUAAACUUAUCAGUGUUGAAUUUAAGUACUGGGGCAUGCAGAGUAAAAUUGAACACUUUAUUCAUGGCGGACUAAGAAAUCCAAUUCUUGUUGGUCAUCGACAAGCAUGGGUAUGGCAAGAUGAAUGGUAUGGUAUGACUAUAGAAGAUAUUCGAUUGCUAGAAAAGCAAGCACAAUCAGAAUUAUUAAAGGUAAUGAGUGAUUUUUCAGAACACGAUGGUAAAUUAAAAAUUGAACCUUCAAUUGUUGCAAAAACUGAAGAUAAACCAAUUGCUAAUUUCAACAUUCCUUUAAAAGAAUCCUUAGAAGAUAAAAAGACAGAGAUGUGCAUAACAAAAAAUGUGAAAUCAGAUUUUGAUAGUGAUAAUGAUAAGUCAAAUGACAAUAGUGAUGAGGAGGACUUGAUUUUUUAUGAUGCUUUAGAAUCAUUAGGUGAAAAUUUGUUGGUAAACAAACAAAAAAGCACCAACUUGAAUAAAUUUCAUUCUGUUUCAUUGGACCCCAUUCUUAUAAAGAAAAAUAAAGUUAAGCCACAAGUUAAUACUUCUUUAAAAUCUUCAAACAAUCAUACAUUACUUUUUGUACUUCAUGGAGGAGGUAUUUUUGAACAUGAGCCUGAAAAUAUUCACAAGUGGAGAGAAUUUGAAACUUUAGAAAAGAACUUAACAAAUUUUUGUGAUAAAUACUACCCAGAAUUGCGAAGCAAACUUCAUAUUAAAUUGGUAGAAUGUCCACUACUUGCAAAUCCUAUCAUCAAUAGCUUAAGAAAUUUAUAUUUAACUCCAACUUCAAAUCCAUCUGUGUUAAAGAGAAAUGACACAUUACCAAACAGUUUUCCAUUUUGCGCUGUUCCAGGUUUUAUUGUGGACUCUCCUGCAUUUCAACCAGCUCUCAAUGAUAUAGUUGAUAAGAUAAAUAAAAAAUAUUCAAAAGUUGUUAAAGAAUUAGGUCAAGAUAGCCUGGUUGAGGUUCACAUGGUUGCUGAUUGUAUUGGUGGAUUGCUUCUUUUUUAUUCUUUGCAAGCAACAACAUUAAAUAGGUACUCAGUUAGUCUAUCUGGAAUGGAAGAUUCUUCUUCAUUUAAAGGUUCAUCAGUUUUUACUGACAAAGAAAUGGCUCCUGAAAGUAAACUUUCAAAUUCAUCAGCUGAAGAUUUUGAAGAGUACAAGAGUGAUGUCUUGCAUUAUGAUUUUAUAGUUAAAAAUGUGUUUGUGUUUGGCUCCCCCAUAGGUAUUACAGUUUACAAAGAUAAAUUAAUUGCAAAAGGUUUUCAUCCACCACGAUGUGACCAGUUUUAUAACAUUUUUCAUCCAUUUGAUCCAAUGUCUUCUCGAAUUGAACCUCUUAUAGAUAAAAAGUUUUCAAAAAUAAAUCCAUCAAUUAUCCCUCGACAUCAGUCAUUUCCUUAUACAACUACUAUUGAGUGUGAUUGGGAAAUUUCUGCUGAUGACUCAACUUCAUUUGGUUCUAAAUUGUCUAUAUGUUCCAAUGGUUUCAAUGAACAAAUAAAUUGUUUAGAUGGAAAUAUAAAUGAUUUUUGGUGGGGAGAAAAAAGAAUUGAUUAUAUUCUACACUGUCCAGCUGGUGUGGAUAAGUUUCCGUUCAACUCAUUGCAUCAGUUGUGUUAUAAUAACUACUGGGAAUCUAAAGAUAUUGUAGCUUUUAUACUUUGGCAGAUUUUUGAUUUUGAGCAGUACAUCCCCCCUCCAGUAGUUUCUGAUAUAGGUGGUUCUUUUUUUCAUCAACAUCCUCAAGAGAAGUGGAUGAAAAAAAAGACAAAAGUAAAAAUAAAGAAUAUGAGUCCAAAUCACAGAGCAAAUGAUAUUGUUGUUCUAUGCGGCUCACAGACUUUUAUAAUAGGAAAGUUUACUUAUGGUCCUUUAGACAUUGCAACUUUAAAUGGUGAAAAGGUUGACAUUUAUAUUACAAAGAGUGCGCAGUUUAAUGAUUGGAGCUUUGUAGCCAAUGAAGUAACAGAUAAACAUGGCAAAGUUCUCCAUCCGUUUCAAACUGAUCAACCAGGUGUUCAUUCUAUUCGUAUGGUUGUCAGGGGUGAUCAUUCUUUUGUGGAUUGCAGCUUAGCCAUUUUGCCUCCAAAUACAGAAGCGGUUGUUUUUAGCAUCGACAGUAGCUUUCUUUCAUCAUAUUCUAUAUUUGCAAAAAAUCCAAAAGUUAGAGGGGGAGCUGUGGAUGUUGUCAGACAUUGGCAAGAACUUGGUUAUUUAAUUAUAUAUGUGUCAAGUCGCUUGUUAUUUCAAAAGUGUCAGGUUACAAACUGGCUCUCUGAACACAAGUUUCCUUUUGGUAUUGUUUCGUUUGGUGAGCAUGUAACUGGAGAUUACCAAAAACACAAGAUAGAUUUUCUAAAAAGACUUAUGAAUGUGGAAAAUGUUUUGUUUCAUGCUAUGUAUGGAUCAUCUCGUGACUCUACUGUUUAUUUGGAUGCUUUAAAAAUCUCUCCAUCUCAUGUAUUUUUAGUCAGUAAAAAAAACAAAGGCAAUGGGGUUCAGUGGAUUGUGAAUGGAUACUCGUCACAUUUGGCAGAUCUCAAACAAUCGCCGUUGUCAAUACGAUCUAAAAACAAUCACAAUUUGUUUUUUUCUUUGGGAUCGUUUGGCGCCAAUCAUCGUAUAAGUUCAAAAGAGCAUUCUGCAGAAAAGAAGCAUUCUGUUAACAAUGAUAACCGGAACACCUCUCAUUCGCUUAAACGCAAUACCUGCUUAAAAGACACGCAUGAACUGCAUUCUGUAAACUCUUUCUCUUAAAAAUGUCGUAUAAGUUUGAUGCAAGUAGGAUAAAUGUUAAUAUUAUUUUUUUAAAUUUUUAUUUUUUUUAAAAAAAUUUAGUUUAAAAAAGUAUCGAGUAUAUUAUACGCUUGUUUUUCAAAAUUUGACUCUUUUCUAAAUUUUUUGUACGUUACUCAAAACAACGAAUUGUAAAUUAAUGUAUUUAUGUUUACUUAUUUAUAAA